UUAUCCUCUGCGGGAAGAAGUUCCUCCUAAAUACCAUUUUGGAUCUCCGAGUUGCUACCUAUGUCGCCUGGUUACAGAAACAGUGGUUGCACACGAGUAACAAACAGUCCAAGAAGCAGCUUUCCCCAACACAUCGCAAAGGGCAAAUCCAAGAGCAUCCUGGUCAAGAUGGUGAGUGCUGCAGGCACUGGCUACUGCUUUAAUGCAAAGAGGAGCCGACAAAGGGAAAAACUGAUCCUGAGAAAACAUGAUCCUAUAGUAAACCAGCAUGUCCNUUUUUUAGAAAAGAAGAAAAUCAAAUCAAUUUAACAAACUCGGAGUUUAAAUGGACUGGCUCCAUACAGGACUGUUCAGAAUCGAAUGAGACUCAGACGUUUUUGUAUGAAGAUGGUGAUAGAACAAAAGGCAAAUAAGAAAAUAGGAUUUGAAGUCUUUAUUAACAAUUUGCUGUUAGUUUUCUUGAAUUCACAAUAAAAUGUGUUUUAUAUAUA